UCCUUGCCUGUAAUUCCUCUUCUAGGGUAGUUGUGGAUCAUUCGAAGAAGAUGAAUUUUGCCUUAAUUUCAGUUCAAAAUUUUAUUAUUCGAGAGCUUUAGCUUGCCCUAAAACCCGUUUCAACUGGUUUUCAUGGCCCAGUUAUUCCCAAUCCUGGAGCUUGAUCUUCAAGCAGUACAAAUUGGGGGAUUAAUCGUUUUACAGUCAUGGUUUUGCCGGGAAAGCCACCGUAAAAGGAGUUUCCGGCCAUUGAGUCAUCAAGUGUCAUUUUUAAUGGGUUUUAUUUGAGAAAGUGUUUCUCUGAAGGAACACCAUGCAAAAGAGAGGAAAGCUAUGUUUAGGAUUAAUCAGGGUUUUUCAGUCUCAUUCUACGGCAGCAAUUGAAUCCCAUGGCUCCAUCAAGAGCCCACAUUCUUGUUCCCCUUCAUUUUCUCGCCCUCUCUCCAUUUUGUAUUCAAACCACUUUAGAAAUUUAGGCAUACAAACGCAUCAGAAUCCUUGUAAUGCAGCUCCAUCCUUUAUUUCAGGUUUCUGUUCUUUCUCUUUGAAUGGAAUUCUCCAUGAAUCUGAUAAUGUUUGUGAAUCUAUACCUGUAAAUGAUGACCAUGCCGAAAUUUCUAGUGACUGCAUUAGGGUUUGUGAGGCUAUAAUAGAAUCGAAUAACACUGAUAAGGGCAUGGAAACUGCACUAGAAUCACUUGGCAUACAAAUGAACAGAGAACUAGUAGAACAGGUGUUGCACAGGUUCCAAUAUGAGGAGAAAUUAGCGUUUCGGUUCUUUUCUUGGGCUGGUAAACAAGAUGGUUAUACGCAUCAACCCCAAACCUAUAAUGAGAUGAUGGAUAUUCUUUCUAGCACAAAGUACAAAACUAGACAAUAUCGCAUUCUCUGCGAUCUAUUGGAAUAUAUGAAGAGAAAGAAGAGGGAAAAGGUACCCAUUGAUGUGCUUUUUGCUAUAUUGAGGCAAUAUGCGGAGAAGAAUCUCAAUUCUCUUAAGAAGUUUGCAAAGAAGAAGAGAAUUAGAGUGAGAACCCAACCUGAAAUCAAUGGGUUCAACUUGCUUUUAGAUGCUCUUUGCAAAUGUGGUUUGGUCGAAGAGGCUGAAUCGAUGUUUAGGCAAUUGAAACCCAAGCUGAACCCUGAUGGGAAAACUUACAAUAUUAUCUUUUUUGGUUGGUGUAGAGUGAAAAAACCAAUAAAAGCAAUGCAAGUUUUGGAUGAAAUGAUUGGAAUGGGUUUUACCCCAGAAAACUUCACAUACAACACUGCAAUUGGCACGUUUUGCAGGGCUGGGAUGGUAUCUGAGGCAACCCAUUUAUUUGAAUUUAUGAGAACUAAAGGCUCUACUGUAUCUUCUCCCACUGCACAGACUUAUUGUAUCAUGAUAGUAGCUUUAGCAAAGGCCAAUAGAAUGGAUGAAUGCCUUAAGAUUCUAUCAGAUAUGAGAAAUAGUGGGUGCCUUCCUGAUGUUUCCACUUAUUUAGAGCUUAUCGAAGGCAUGUGUGAGGCUGGGAAACUAGAAGAAGCUUACAGAUUCAUGGAUGAGAUGGGAGAUAAGGGUUACCCACCUGAUAUUGUCACUUAUAAUUGCAUCUUUAAGGUUCUCUGUAACCUUAAAAAUGUUGAUGAAAUAAACAGGCUCUUCAACCGGUUGCUUGAAGUCGGUAUUUUGCCCAGCGUUCACACUUACAAUAUGCUAAUCAAAUUGUUCUUUGACGUGGGUGAACCCAAUAGGGCAUUCCUAAUGUGGGAUGAUAUGGAUGAGAAGGGAUGCCCAAGAGAUAUCGACACUUACUGCACUAUGAUUGAGGGGUUAUUCAAUAGUAAUAGAUUAGAGGAUGCAUGUGCGUUUUUAGAAGAAAUUGUGGACAAGGGAAUGAAGCUCCCAUAUCAGAAAUUUGAUACUUUUCUGAAGAGACUUUCGGGAGCUGGUGAUCUUCGUACUAUUUAUAGGCUUUCUGAUCAUAUGAGGAGGUUUUAUAACCCUGCCAUGGCAAGGCGUUGUGUUAGGUCUCAGAAGUGGACGAGCUUGAGCUUGAGGAGGAAGUGAACUCAUACAAACAGCAUCCAUUAUUGCUCAGUUUUGUACACUGGUUCAUUUGAUUUGUAUCCUAAUAUUUACUUUUUUUCUUUAAUGCACAAGCUCAGGUUAUAUGCACCUUGUUGUAUACUUGGUCUUCAAAUUUGGAUGGCAAUUCAAAUU